AUGACAAAUUUCCAACAAAACGAAAAUUCUAAUUCACGCACGUCGGGGGGCCGGCCACCCGCGCCCCCCCCGCCCCGCCCGCCGCCACCGACACAACACAACUAUAGCCCCGCUAUUCCGACCGGGACGCGAUACAAGGCGUCAAAUGAGACGCGGGAACAAAGCGUGGGCGAGCAGUACGCUAAUUUCCAGAAACAUCCGGCGCCGAGCGACGCCGGCUUCAAAUCCGCGCGUUGGCGCGAGCCGGGGAAUAAUGGCGAAAAAACUGUAUCGCGCUUCCCGCGGCACUGCGCCCCCCACCCCCGCCCCUACCUCCGCGCGAAAAUUUUUCGCUCACCCUUCGGCCGCGGCGUUCGUUUAGCGAGAUUCGAUCCCGCAAUCAGGGGGGGGGGGCGCUCCGAGGGGGGAAUUUUCGGCCUCCCCCCGCCACCCUCUCCCAUGCCAUCG